AUUUUAGUAAUAUUUUACUGUUCUUCUCUGUUUUUCUCUGUCCCUCUCUCUCUCUUCGCUCCAAAAAGCUGCGACUUGGAGUACGCCGUUCUGCGAUUCUCUCUCUCUCUCUCUCUCUCUCCUCGCUUUCUGUUCGAGAUCCAAAAGCACCUCCGCUCAGAAAUCUCCAGCCCAAUCUUCAGAUAUCUGCCACUUCUUCGACUACCAAUUUCUGUUGAAUCCGAAGGCACUUCUACCAUGCUUUUUUAAAACCCAUUACUUUCUUCUCCAAAAGCAUCCACCUUUAUUUUUAUAUUUUCCUUAGAAAACUUUAGAGAUUACCGCCUUCUUUAGAUCCUCCAAAUUUAGUUAUUUCCGCUCGAUUGCUUUGCACAAGUCACACUCCAACUCUGUGAUCUGUAAAACCUUCGUUUCCAACUAAAUUAGACACUUCCGCUAUCUAUUUUAGCUGUCUUAUUUUGGACUAAAGCUCUUUGCUUUGUUCUUGCAACCUCCGAAUUCGAAUUGGAUUUGGAUUUUAAUCGGUAUUGUGUUGGGUUUUUUGCUUUGAUCAUCAGUUGGUUAUAUUUGGGAGAUUUGGUCAUCUGGGUAUUUUGAUUUUAGGGGGAUUUGGGUUUUCUUUUUGCUGUUUUUUGUGAUCUGGGUCUGGGUUUUUUCAACUCAAGGUGUUAGAUGCACCUGUUGGAUUGUUGCUUAGAAACCCUUUGGAUGCUUUGUUGUUAAGAUGCAGCCGGAUCAAAGAAAAAAGUCGUCUGCAGAUGUGGACUUCUUCACAGAAUAUGGUGAGGGUAGUAGGUAUAAAAUAGAGGAAGUAAUUGGUAAAGGAAGCUAUGGCGUUGUUUGCUCUGCAUAUGAUACACAUACUGGAGAAAAGGUUGCAAUAAAGAAAAUAAAUGACAUCUUUGAACAUGUAUCGGAUGCCACCCGCAUUCUUCGUGAGAUUAAACUUCUUAGGCUCCUACGCCAUCCAGACAUUGUGGAGAUCAAGCACAUCUUGUUGCCACCAUCCAGAAGGGAAUUCAAGGACAUUUAUGUUGUCUUUGAACUCAUGGAAUCUGAUUUGCACCAGGUUAUUAAAGCAAAUGACGAUUUGACACCAGAACAUUAUCAGUUCUUUCUUUAUCAGCUUCUUCGAGGCAUGAAGUACAUACACACAGCAAAUGUCUUUCACCGAGAUCUAAAACCCAAAAAUAUCUUAGCAAAUGCUGACUGCAAACUCAAGAUCUGUGACUUUGGUCUUGCAAGAGUAGCUUUCAAUGAUACUCCUACCGCUAUAUUCUGGACAGACUAUGUUGCCACAAGAUGGUACAGGGCCCCUGAAUUGUGUGGAUCAUUUUUCUCAAAGUAUACACCUGCAAUAGAUAUAUGGAGCAUAGGGUGCAUUUUCGCAGAGCUCUUAACUGGGAAGCCUCUAUUUCCUGGCAAAAAUGUUGUUCAUCAAUUGGAUCUGAUGACUGAUCUAUUGGGAACACCAUCUGCUGACGCAAUUGCCAGGGUACGCAAUGAGAAGGCGCGCAGAUACUUGAGCAGUAUGCGAAAGAAGAAGCAAAUUCCUUUCUCCCAGAAGUUCCCUAAUGCAGACCCACUUGCACUUCGUUUAUUAGAAAGAAUGUUGGCAUUUGAACCGAAGGAUAGACCUACUGCUGAAGAGGCCCUUGCUGAUCCCUAUUUUAAGGGUUUGGCAAAGGUGGAGAGAGAACCUUCUGCUCAACCAGUUACCAAGAUGGAAUUUGAAUUUGAGAGGCGAAGGAUAACCAAGGAAGAUGUAAGAGAGCUCAUUUACCGUGAGACUCUCGAGUACCAUCCAAAGAUGUUGAAGGAGUACUUAGAAGGAUCUGAGCCAACUGGCUUCAUGUAUCCAAGUGCUGUUGACCAUUUCAAGAAACAAUUUACUUAUCUUGAGGAGCACUACGGAAAUGGCACAACAGCUGUUGCGCCUGAAAGAACACAUGCAUCACUGCCCAGGGCAUGUGUUUCAUAUUCAGAUAACCCAGUACAGCAUUCAACAGAUGUCACAGAUGACCUCUCAAGAUGCUGCAUCAAAGAAGUUGAGAAGCCACAGACAGACAGGAGCAGUGGGAUCCCUACGACAAGGCACCCAAUUCAAGUUCCUCAUACCAUCCAAGGAGCUGCAAGGCCUGGGAAAGUUGUGGGCUCAGUAUUACGCUUUAAUAAUUGCGGGGCAGCAGCUGCAGCAGAGGCUCUUGAGCAGCGAAGGGUGAUGAGGAAUCCAGCUGCUCCAACUCAAUAUCCUGCUGCAAGUGCAGCUUCAUAUCCUAGAAGAAAUAUGCCCUGUAAAAAUGAGAGGGGAGAUUGUGAAGGCGUUGAAGGUUCCAACCGGCUGCAGCCAAAGCCUCCUCAGUACAUACCAAGGAAAGUUGCUGCUGCUCAGGGUGGAUCUGGUAGCCAAUGGUACUGAUUCCAUGGCAGGUUUAUAUGGUGGAAUCCGCUAACCGUAACAGAUGUUAGAUGGAGCAGUUAUCCACCGCAUACUAACCGGGAUCGAUCCAUCACUAAUUGAAACUUCAUCGAUUUAAGUAGUUUGAAUGCCAGUUCCGGAUAGUGCCACAUCUGCGCGAGAAAGAUUGAGGCCUUUCAAUCUCCACUGGAGGAAGAAUGCUAAGUGAUGCGUUGACGUACCCGAUUCGUUCCAUCGCUCAGUAACUAGGGUAAUUUUUCGUUUCAUCCUUUAUGGCGUAACAUCAGUGUUUGUAUAUUCACCUUGUAUUAUUUUCUACUUGAAAUAAUGGUCUCUCUAACGCUCCUUUCCUUGAUCAUGUUUGGACAUCUAUGGCGAUAACUGAUUUGGUUUUGUGCUACUUUACUGGCAAAUUUAAACGUGUUUUGCUUUGUUAA